AUGGAUGUCCCCGAAGCACCGAUAUUUCCGGUCCUGACAGAUAAAGUUGCGAUCAUCACAGGAGCAGCGCAGGGGAUGGGCAAAGCGACAGCCGCAGUAUUUCUCAAGGCGGGGGCGAAGGUGGUAAUUGCCGACAUCAAGAGGGAACAGGGAGAGAUGGUAGCGACGGAGUUGGCUCGCCUCGGAGAGAUCCGGUUUGUGCAAGCCGAUAUUUCGAAAUCAGAGGACGUUCAAAAUCUUAUCGCGGAGACUGUCAAGGCAUUUGGCAGUCUAGAUGUUGCCAUCAAUAAUGCCGCCCACUACCCGGAUAAGAGCCCUCUGAUCGACUUCGACGAACAAGUUUGGCGCUCACUGAUGGAUGUGACGCUGACUGGCACUGCAAUGUGUUGCAAAUAUCAGAUGCAGCAGAUGAAGAAGCAAGGCGCCAAAGGGUCUAUUGUGAAUAUUGCUUCGAUCAACGCGUAUUCGCCGCAGCCGAACAUGCCAGCAUACACUUCCGCAAAGCAUGCCUUGCUAGGGCUCACCAAACAUGCCGCGUCAGAAGGAGGCCCUCUGGGUAUUCGAGUGAAUGCUAUUGCUCCUGGCCCUAUCUACAGUGAGAUGUCGGCCGCCGCACUUGAGAUCAUGGGCACGACACAUGAUGAAUUUGCCCCGAAGGUGACGAGUUUGAACCGAUUUGGCCAGAGCUAUGAGGUAGCUCAUGGGUCUCUCUGGCUUGCAUCUGAUGCAUCUUCUUACGUGAAUGGGGUUUGCCUGCCCAUCGAUGGUGGUGCUCUCGCAAAAUGGUAA